AUGAUGAAGGCACUUCUCCCAUGGAGUCGUUGCCCAAACUCAGCAUUCAGCUCCCUCCCUUUUCCGGCCGCUCCAAACCCCACAACCCACAAACCCAAAUUACUCACAAUUACCGCAACCCUCAACUCUGUGGAUGAAAGCCCGCUCACGGCCCGGGAGAGAAGGAAGAUGAAGAACGAGAGGAGAGAAAGCAAGCCCGCGUACAAUUGGAAGGAAGAGGUCGAGAUGAGGCUUAUUGAGAAGCCCAAAAAGCGCUACGCCUCGUGGAAGGAUGAACUGAAUCUGGAUUAUCUCGCCUUGUUGGGGCCCCAGUGGUGGGUUGUUAAAGUCUCACAAGUUUCGAGCCAGGACAGCGCAGAAAGGAUGGCCCUCUCGAUGGCCCGAAACUUCCCUGAUGCGGAGUUUAAGGUUUAUGCUCCAUCCGUUCAAAUCAAGAGAAAAUUAAAGAAUGGCUCGAUUUCUGUUAAACCAAAACAACUGUAUCCCGGAUGUGUGUUCCUAAGAUGCGUGAUGAACAAGGAUGUGCAUGAUUGCAUACGAGAAUGCCGAGGGGUUGGGGGUUUUAUUGGAUUUAUGGUUGGAAAAACAAAGCGGCAGAUCAAGAAGCCCAAGCCGGUCGAUGAACAAGAUAUGGAAGCAAUAUUCAAGCAAGCAAAGGAAGAGCAAGAAAACGCCGAUCAAGCUUUUGGAGAAGUGCUAAAACAAGAAGUAGAAUUGGAUUCUAAUGCCACGAAAAAGCCCGGAAGAAGAGGUAGAAAAGCUGAAGAAAAGCCUAUAGCGGGAAAAAUUACAGCCUUGAAACUUGGUUCGACUGUUCAAGUUGUAUCUGGGUCAUUUGCAGGAUUUUCUGGCACACUUACGAAGAUUGACAAGAAGACAGGGCUGGCAACAGUUGGAUUUACAGUGUUCGGGAAGGAAACUCUGGCCGAUAUUCCUUCCAGUGAAAUUCUUGCCCAGGUUCCGAUUAAGCGUGAUAAACCGGGAGACUGUGGUAAUUUGUAG